UGUCGUAAAAGAAUAGCUUCCGGGCUAGUGUUUUUCAAGGUUUAGGGAAUUGGAAAUAUUUUUAGUUAGAUUCUAGAUCUAGAUCUAGAUUAGAGACACACAACAGCAUCAGUAACAUUUCAAAUUGUAGACAAGGAAAUUUAAGCCGAUGAUGACACAUCGUUUACCAGGCAAAGAUUAGUAGUUUUACCUAGAGGAGUGUAGAAUGGAGGGACCCCUGUCUCUAAACAACAUGCAGGUUGCCAUAGUUACAGUAAUAAGCUGCUUCAUGCUUCUGCCCAGUGUUAAAAGUGACAUCAUUGUGUUUAACACGACAUCAAAUGAAACCUCGAUCACCUAUAAUGACCGCACAGCUCAGUUUGGACCAGACUUUCCUGAAGAUGGAAUUCAGGGAAGGAUAAUUCCAGUGGAGCCCCUUGAUGCAUGUAGUAAACUAAAUACUUCAGCACCACCUCCCGACCCCAUGUAUAAGUGGAUAGCCUUGAUAGUCAGAGGUGGGGACUGUCCUUUUGCAGAAAAGGUCAGGCAUGCCCAGCGUGCCAACUUCAACGCUGCCAUUGUGUACAAUAAUCAAAGUGAUGAUCUUGUCAACAUGGGGGGAGAUGGUAAAGAGGCUGUGAAAAUUCCAUCGACCUUUGUUGGAUUGACUGCAGGCAAAGCCUUAAGCACAUCAUACAAUUUCAAGCACAAAGAAAUCAUCAUAGAAAUUCAGGACUUUGGCCCACAGUUUGAGUUCAUGAUCUGGCCUUUUGUAUUGGUUGUUGCCUUGUGUUUCUUGGUUGGAAUAAUUUACAUGAUUAUCAAGAUUUGCAGAGACCAUAUCAAAAAGAAAGUCAACCGUUUAUCAUCCAAACAUUUAAAAAAAAUACCUGUGCGUAAAUUCAAGAAAGGUGACUACUAUGACACCUGUGCUAUUUGCCUAGAUGAGUAUGAAGAAGGGGAGAAACUCAGAGUUCUUCCUUGUGACCAUGUCUACCAUACAAAGUGCAUCGACCCCUGGCUGACCAAAAACAAGAAGACCUGUCCGGUGUGCAAGCGGCGCGUCAUACCAGGUAGUGCCGAGUCUGAAAGCUCAGACUCUGAUGCUGGGGGUACAGCCAACACCACUGGAUCAGAGAGCACCCCCCUUCUACAGGGCAGCACCAAUAGAGCUUAUGCCACUCGCAGUGAGAGGAGGUUUCCUCGUCGUACUGGCCAGACAAACAACGCCACUGACUCUCAAACUGCUAAUGGCGAGCAGCCAAACGUAUCUGUAACAAAUGACCAGAGUGCCAUCAUGGCCUCAGACUCAGAACCAGACUUGGGAGCAGUUGGCGGGGUUGGAAUUUCUGAAAGAAGGAGCACAACCCAAACCACACAACAUCCGAAGGUGUCACGACAGGAUUCUAAAGGCAGGGGCACAAGGGCAGACCGCAAGAGGAAAAGACACGAGAGGGUGAGGAAGGUGAAGAGGGAGGAAGAACUGAGGGACGUUGAACCUGAGCGUGUGGACAGUGGUCAAGCUGAGGGUGAGGGUGCUUUCUUGGUGGAUGAAACGCGGGAGGAGAGGAGAGAGAGAAGAAAGAAGAAGAAAGAGUUGAAGAGAACGACGAAGAGGACUAGCCAACACGUUGAAGGGGAGCACAAGGAUGAGGAUGCUGGGACUUCCAGGCAGGGAGGGGAGGAGGUGGUGGAAGUCGAGGGUGCAUGUGUGAACCCUGGGGUUUCAGAGGGUCAAGAUGUCGCCCCAAACAGGGGCAAGAGGCAUGAGCUGAACGAGGUUGUUUGAAGUGCGGAGCAAAGUUUUUAACAAAAAUUUUGUGAUACGUUUUUUUUCUCACUUAGAUUGGCGCUGGUUGUAACAUAAGCUGGCUUUUUAAAAUAAUUUUUUCCUGUAAAACAAUACUUCUCUAAGUCAAUUGUAAACUUAUUAAUUUGCAGUUGUUUUAUUACCAGCAUCACUUGCAGCUGUUUUUGUGGUGUAUGUUACAGCCCAUGAAGCUGUUUUAUAACGUGUGAUUUUGUAUGCCUGCUGAUUCAUACAUAUGUUGUGUUGUCAACUAUUCACUUUGAAACGUUAAAACAACUAAACACCUUUAAUUUGUGUGAGUCUCCAUUGUAUGUUUGUAAACAAAAUUUUAAAUCUAUGAAAAAACAAACAUUACACUGUCAAAAAAAGAUGUGUAACUUAUUUGUCAAGGAUACUUUACAUGUAUUUUUUUUCAUACUGUUGUACAUAGCAUAUUCUGAGAUUUGAUGUAAAUAUAUGCACAGUCUCUUUCUGGCUUAAACUAAGCUAGUCUUGUAACCUUGACCUUCAAGAUGCAUAACCCUGACCUUGUAUACUACCUUGCAACACUAUUAAAACUCUUUUACUCUUAGUUGGUGCAUCUUUUGUUUGAUUCAGAAUUUUGUUUCUGUUUCUGUAUUCACUUUUUACUGGUCCAAAAUCAUAUAAAUGGCUACAUCUGAAGUAACUGACUAAAAUUCUAUUAUUAGUACUAAAAGGAAAGUGUAUCCUUCGAGACCAUACCUGAUAGGUAAAAAACUUCUGUUUUAAAAACAUAAUUAGGAGAAAAUACUCCCAGCCAUUUUUUUAUAUUUAAUAAUUUAGUCUAUUGCAUUUCAUAUUAACUGGUAGUUUGUUGUGCAUGUCAUGGGAAAUGUAUCUAUUAAUGCUUUAAUGUAUUUAUUGUUUCAUUCUUGAACAUUCAAAAAGCAUUGAAUAUUUUUUGUUUCGAAUGUGGAAUCUGACUUUUAAAUAGUUUAUUGAAUUUAUUGUUCAUUGACAACUUUACUUCAACACUAAAUGACAUAAAAAUUAUUUUUUAUUUAUAUUUUAAAACUUUUCAAUAUUUAAAUGAUUUUUUUUUCUUUUAAGAACCUUGAGACGUGUUUUUAACUCAAGUAUCAUAACAAUGCAGAAAGUGUAAUGUAAAAUUACAAAAAAUCUUGUACAUUUAUAAAAUAUUUAGAUUUAUAAGAGCUAUUUUUGAACUACAAAUUAACACAAUCUCUUAUUGUUAAAUAUAUAGCCUUGUGAGUUAAAUUUAAAAAAAAAAAUUGUGUUUAAUUUUACUUUUGUUAAUGUUUAUCAAGCAUAGUAUUAAAACAAGUUUGUUACACUUUUUGAAAAAAUAAUUUGUUAAAAUUGUAAAAUAUUUUCUCAAUUUCCAUUCCUGCUUAAUUUUGUUGUUUUAUCAGCUCCAUGUAAGUAACUAUAAACAUUAGUUUCUGUUUUGAAAAAUUCAUGUGAUUGUUCAUUCUGUAAAAAUGCCAGGGCGCUUUCAGAAAGCUCUCUCUUGAUUUGGAUUGAGAUUAAAUUACGCUAAAAUAAUUUGUUAAUAACUUUUUAAUUCUAAUUUGACAGGAAAUAUACAAAAAUUUAUAUCUUAAGCAAUGUAAUUUUCAAUUACAACUAUUCAGUUGUAGUUUACAGUUGUUGGAUUUAUUUAUCUUUAGUAGCUUACGGUAGUCUGAUUUAUUAUCUUUAGUGCUAAAGAGCACCAGUAAUAUCUAAAUUAUGUUAAUGGUUUAAUGCAUGCAGUCAAACCAGUUACAAUUUAAUUUUUAAGAAAUCAUUAUAUAUUUAUGUAUAUGAGGACUUUUAAGAAAUUUUAAACAUACUUUUGUAAAUGUUAAUUAAGUUUUCUUGUUACUUGAAUAGUGCCUCUUAGAUUAAAUUCUUUCUUCCAACCAGUUACAUUCAGAUUGUAAAUUUGUUUCAAAUGGCUGACCCAACAUUAUCAUUACAUCUGAGCAAAGAAACAUGAGUAAUUGCUUUGAAGGAAUUUUUAAUUUAUAUUCUGUGUGAUUGCCUUAUAAUUUCUAGUGAGGCUUGUUGUAAUCACAUACACUCAUAGAUACGAAAUACUAUUAUAUAGUAACUGUCAGUUUUGUUUACAAUAUGUGUAUAUUUUACGCAGUGCUUUUUUUUGUAACAAAAAUAGGUCUUGGUACUCAGUGAUGGAUUGCCUAACUUUUUAACAAAUUAAUUAUAUGAUAAAUUAAUAAUAAAAGUUAAAAUACAAGAAAAGUAAUAAUUAUUUCCCCACAUUGGAAAAGAUGCCGGUACGCUGUACCGGUGCGUACCGUCACAAAAGAAGCGCUCAUUUUAUGUAUUUAAUUUUUAUAUUGCUAGCAUUAUAAUUGUUUUUAUUUGUUUUGGCUAACUUUCUAGCUCUUUUACAGAAACAUAACUAACAAUCUAAUAUAAAUUAUUUUUGGUAACAGAAAAAAGAAGCCAGUUAUUAAAAUCUGGUUAUGUAAUUUUAGAUUAAAAGUAAAAACUUUAUAAAGUAAAAUCA